CGGCUCCGUGCCCGCUGCGGGACCGCCAGCGGUGACGAGCGGCAGCCCCGGGCUGUGGCCGUCCUUCCCGGGCGGCCGGGAAAGUUUUCCGUGGGGCAGGAGUCUCCAGGAUGAAUACUACAGCAAUGAGCCCACUCACUGUUACUCCACUAGGUUUUGUUCCAGACUUAAAAAAUUCCACCCUUGAUCCUCUCAAUGAGACUGCCUGUGAAAACUGGAAAGAGAUUCAUCAUCUUGUUUUCCACGUGGCAAACAUUUGCUUUGCAGUUGGGCUGGUUAUUCCAACCACUUUGAACCUUCAUAUGAUUCUCCUGCGAGGCCUGCUCACCAUAGGAUGUGCAUUAUUCAUCAUUUGGGCUACACUCUAUCGUUGUGCCUUGGACAUAAUGAUCUGGAAUUCUGUGUUUUUGGUUGUCAACCUUUUGCAUUUCAUAUACCUUGUGUAUAAAAGGAGACCGAUCAAGAUAGAGAAGGAGCUUAGCAGCCUCUACAAGAGAAUGUUUGAACCUCUCCAUGUGCCUCCAGAGCUUUUCCAAAGACUAACUGGACAAUUCUGCAACAUUCAGACUUUGAAGACAGGUCAAGCCUAUGCAGCAGAAGAUAAAACAUCAGUUGAUGAUAGGCUAAGCAUCCUGCUGAAGGGGAAAAUGAAGGUGUCUUAUCGAGGGCAUUUUCUGCAUAAUAUUUACCCCUGUGCCUUUAUAGAUUCUCCUGAAUUUCGAUCAACGCAGAUGAACCGGGGUGAGAAAUUCCAGGUUACCAUUAUUGCAGAUGAUAACUGCAAGUUCCUGUGCUGGUCCAGGGAAAGGCUGACUUUCUUUCUGGAGUCUGAGCCAUUUCUGUAUGAGAUCUUUAAGUACCUUAUUGGCAAAGAUAUUACAAAUAAACUUUAUUCAUUGAAUGACCCAACCUUAAAUGACAAGGCUUCAAAGAAGAUUGACCGGCAGCCCAGCCUCUGCUCUCAGCUCUCGGUGAUGCAGAUGAGGAACAGCAUGGCCAGCACCAGUGACAGCGAGGACGGCCUGCAGAUGUUCCUUCGUGGGACUUCCUCUGCAUCCUCUCUUCUGACAGGUCCAGCAGAGCGCCUUCCCUAGCUGACUCAUCCAUCACGAAGGAAUUGCCUGCUACCUUCAGGGAUCUCCUGGACUGCCUGCUCCCACCUUGAUACCAGGGUGGCUAAAACUCCCCAGGAGCACCAAGGCCUGUGAUCCAGUUGUUGAAAGAAGGCUCCCUUCUCCUUGCUCUUCUUGAUCAGGCAGCCUGUAGAGAUUCCUGCUGAGAAGUCUCCUGUGCUGGUCUGUUCUCUGAUCUUUGCCUUUAAACCCUCGAGUGGCUUUUCACCUGUUCCACACACAGCAAAGCUCCAUGAAUUGAAGCCACUCCUUUGCAUAGAGAGCCUUUGGGUGAACUUGCACACUCAGAAAUUGUAAAACUGUGUUUGUGUGAUUAGUUAAAGUGUCUCUUUCAGGCUUAACAGCAAAACUCUUACACCAGUAUUUCAGCUUUGGGAGAAAGUACUUGAAAUGUGUGACAAGUUGAGCUGUAAUUGUAUAAAUCUCCAAGAUGCACUUGUGCUUAGCACAUUCUUGAUAAAUACACUUUUCUCUGUUGUA